AUGGGUUGCACUUACCUGCACUUCAUGAACAAGCCAUUAAUGAGGUUUAUUUUUCAUCCUUUGACAAUAACGAGGACGGUCAGUUGGAUCUUUUCUGUUAUUAUCUGUGGAUCCCUUUUCUCAGGAGGAUUCCAAAAUGUGCCCACUUCCUCUGAACUGAAAUGUAUUCUGAAAGAGAAUCCUGUAGCGUGCAAAUAUGGAAUUGGCCUUGGCCUUGUAGCUGGAUUAUUGUGUUUAUUGUUUUUGCUGCUUGAUUUAUUCCAUUCAUACAUCUAUACUUCCUUUUUACAUAAAAUGAUCUGUAUGGCUGAUUUUGUCUGCUCUGUUCUUUGUGCUGCCCUUUGGUUCAUUGGAUUUUGCUUCAUGGCACAUCAGUGGGCUCUGUCAGUACUCGGUGCCUAUCCAUUUGGUGGCCAAACUGCUAUAGUCUUCUCUUUCUUUUCUAUUCCUUGCUGGGUAAGUUACUUUACACAUAUAAAAAUUAUUGGUUUAAGUAAUAAUUCCUCACCAUAA